UUCUUCUUGGGCUAUUUCUUCCCCAUUUCGACUCGUUCAUUCGUGUAUGUGCCGUCAAAUGUCAUUUGUGUCAGAUAUUUCGUGAAAAUCAUUGCGGGCCAUUGAAAGAUUCGCUUUCCCAGAGAACUUCCUUUGAUUUCUGAAUUGAAUACGCGAUCGGUGAGCCAUGUUUGAGGAGGCUGAUAAUCUCGCUGACAUUUUCCGGGGCGGCUUGCCGUACUAUUUGCUGAUUGUGCUCCCAAUCCUGAUCCUUUGCUCGUCGAACCCGGUCCUGGCUUCCAGCGAGUUUGCCGUGCAGAGGAUGUCGCAGUUCGAUGUCCACGGGAAGCAGUUCGGUUGUCGCUCAUCGGGCAUAAAUUUGGAGGGCAAAUCUUUGUACAGCUGGAGUACUUCGAGACACUGUGUCGUAACGAGACUCCAGGAUUUGACGGUAAAUCAAUUCCAUGAGAUUCGUUUGAAAGCUGGCGGUUUGGUGAUUCUUCUUCCAAAUGAUAUCUCACAAUUUGGAGAAGAUGUUAAGCAGCAAAUCUACCAACUUGAACAUCUCAUGCUCACCCAAGCUACCUCAAUUCCCGUCUAUUUCUCGAGGCACGAUAAGAAUUUUGAGCAAGUUAUUGCAGAUCUACAGCGAUCGGCAACUGCAGAAGAUUAUCAAUCGGCAUCCCAUAAGCAACGUGAAUCAGCUUUAUCGGAAAUUAUGAAUUCCAUAUCGGCAAAUGGGUACCAGAUAGUUAUUACUGGCGGCAGUCACACAACGCCCAAUAAACAGAGCAAAAUUCCAAUUAUUCAAGGAGAACUUGCACCAAUGAUGAAUAUCAAAACAGUGGGGGAUGUUGAUGUAAACAGUAAGCUACCUCUGGUUGUGAUUACGGCAAAUCUGAAAACGUUUGGUUUGUACAAUGACUAUUUGAAUAAUCCCGAUACGGCCGUUCUACUGACACUUGCUGAACUGUUCAGUAAAUUGUAUUCGACAUCUAAUGCAGCACCAAAAUAUCGGCUCCUGUUCCUUAUCUCUGAAUCGGGUUCCCUUCUAAAUUUCCAAGCGAUGAAAAAAUGGGUUGAAGAGAACUAUCAAACUCCGAAUAUCGACUUCGUUCUUUGUCUCGACGCUAUUAAUCAAGCCCUAUCUGAGGAUCAAACAAAAAUAUUUAUGCAUGUCUCGAAACCGCCAAAGGAGGGAACCCCAAUGAAUGUUUUCUACAAAAACCUGAAAUCUAUUGCCACCAAAUAUGACAAUGUUUCCGUUGAAGGUGUUCACAAGAAAAUUAGUACAAGUGAAGAAAUGGCUUGGGAGCAUGAACGUUUCACCUACAAAAGACUACCAGCUUUCACCCUUUCAAGUGUGAAGUCGCAUAAGGACCCAAUGAGGACAACAAUAUUCCAAGAGGAUAAUGAAAGUAAUAUCCGCAAUACUCAGAGGAAAGCGAAAAUAAUCGCUGAAUCGCUGGCACGAUCGAUUUAUAAUGUUGAUGAUGGAGAGAUAUUUACCGGAGCGAUGGACGUAUCGAGUCAAAUGAUCAAGUCAUGGAUGCAUGUCAAAUCUAUCCUUCACAACAAUGAUCUCAAAAAUGCAUUUGAAAAGUAUUUGAAAAAUGUGAAAGUUACGUACGAAAAGACCGAACCGAGAGAUCCAGACUUUUUGUUUUACGAUAGUUUCGAUGGUGUUCUUAAUGUUUAUAGUGUUAAGCCAGCUGUUUUCGAUUUAUUCUUAACAAUACUUAUUACCGCGUAUUUAUUCUCGGUUUAUUUCGUUAUUUUGUAUUUCCCGCAUCUUUACACAGUCGUUUGUAGAAUGAGUAAGGAAUCAAUGAAGACCAAAGUGAACUGAUUGACGGACAGACGAUGCCAAAAAAAAGUUUUUAUACAAAAUCAAAAUCAAUCGAAUACCAUUUGUUACGACAGCUUGCAAUAUAUCAUCCUAAAUAAGUACAUUCAGAUAUACACAUCCUUCUAAUGAUAGGCAACUCAUCCUUGUUAUUGGCUUGAUUUUAAGCCAACGAAAUUUGUGACGACCAUUUUAUUAUCGUUUCAUUUCAAAGCCAUACUAUUCCACUAGCUAUUCCGAGACAACGAAUACGCCAUACGGGAAGGAGAAUGGUAGAGUUUAAUAUUACAGAUUAUUUGAGAUUUAGUCGAUUGAAAGAUUUCAGAUGGAAAAAGAAAAACAUUUAAUAUAUUUAUGUGCUAGGUAGAUUCUGAUUAAGUAUCGUGUUCUUCUGGGUGUUUGGUUAGUUUUUUGCUAGUAAAGUUCGUUUUCAAUCCUCAAACUACCUUUUGUGCUGUGAGAGAAAGUAAUAAAUUAAAGUUUAAUUAGUUAAAUGAA